AUGUGUGUCUUUGUGCACAAAGAUAACGGAGAUGGCUGGUCCCCAUGGUCUGAGUGGACCCACUGUUCCGUCACCUGUGGACGAGGAGGGCAGCAAAGGGGCCGAUCAUGCAACGGCAUCAUGCCGGCCUGUGCUGGCCCGUCACUUCAAACCCGCAGCUGCAUGUUGAUGAAGUGUGAGCGCAAGGCGCGUGCAGAUGGGAACUGGGGCCUUUGGUCUCCUUGGUCUGCGUGUACAACCACAUGUGGAGAGGGACACAUCACACGAGUACGUCUGUGCAACAACCCUCCACCACAUAAGGGUGGCAAGGGGUGCUCGGGCAGCGCCAGGGAGACACAAGCUUGUAACAACACACUCUGCCCCAUUGCUGGAGGCUGGACGACCUGGAAUGAAUGGUCACUGUGCUCAGAGUCUUGUGGAGGAGGCCUUUUAAGUCGCCAGAGAGAGUGCAUAAACCCUGUCCCCCAGAAUGGUGGGAAGCGUUGUGCUGGAGACGCCGUAGACUAUGAAGUUUGUAACAAACAACCAUGUCCCAUAGACACGUGUUUGCUGUCAUUUCCAUGUUUUCCUGGGGUGCAGUGCACAUCAUAUAGUGAUGGAUCAUGGGAAUGUGGACGCUGUCCGUUGGGUUUACAUGGCAAUGGCACUCACUGUGACGACGAGAAUGAGUGUGAAGUGGAGGGUGUGUGUUUUACAGAGUGUGUAAACACAGACCCUGGGUACUACUGUCUGCCCUGUCCUCCUCGCUACAAAGGCACACAGCCAUAUGGCCUUGGACUGCAGGCAGCCCAGGAAACCAAGCAGGUGUGCGAACCAUACAAUCCUUGCAAAGACAACACACACACCUGCCACAAGUAUGCUGAAUGUAUAUACCUGGGCCUAGCAUCUGAGGUCUUGUUCAAGUGUGUGUGUGCUGUUGGGUUUGCGGGUGAUGGCUUUUUGUGUGGUGACGACUCAGAUCUAGAUGGCUGGCCCAACUACAAAUUGACCUGCAAGCAAAAUGCGACCUAUCACUGUCAAAAGGAUAAUUGCCCCACGAUACCAAACUCUGGACAGGAAGACCUGGACAGGGACGGACUGGGAGACGCCUGCGAUCCUGAUGACGACAAUGAUGACAUCAUAGAUGAGAGGGACAAUUGCCCUCUGGUGUACAACCCCCGGCAGUAUGACUCGGACAGAGACGGGGUCGGGGACCGAUGUGACAACUGUCCGUUUGAGAGCAACCCACUGCAGACAGACACUGAUGACAACGGAGAGGGAGACGCCUGUAGCAUUGACAUGGAUGGAGAUGAGGUUCUGAAUGACCGUGACAACUGUCCCUUAGUCUACAACACUGACCAGAGGGACACAGACAUGGAUGGCGUCGGAGACCAGUGUGACAACUGUCCCCUUCUACACAACCCACUGCAGCUUGACUCUGACAGUGACCUGGUCGGGGACAUGUGCGACGACAAUGACGACAUCGAUGAGGACGGCCACCAAAACUCUCUAGACAACUGUCCCUACAUCCCCAAUAGCAACCAGGCCGACCAUGAUAACGACGGGAGGGGGGACGCCUGUGACCACGACGAUGACAAUGACGGUAUCCCUGACGACCGGGACAACUGCAGACUGGUGCCCAACAGGGACCAGCUGGACUCUGACGGUGAUGGCAGUGGGGAAGCAUGUUUUGAUGACUUUGACAACGACAGUAUUCCAGAUGCACUAGAUCCCUGUCCACUGAACCAGGAUAUUGGGUCUACAGACUUCAGGAAGUUUCAGGUUGUUUUGCUGGACCCUAAAGGCACAACACAGUCUGACCCCCUCUGGGUGAUCCGCAGCCAGGGCAGAGAGCUGCUGCAGACGGCCAACUCGGACCCCGGCAUCGCUUUAGGAUACGACAAGUUCAGUGCCGUAGACUUCAGUGUGACCUUUUACGUGAACACCAACCGAGAUGACGACUACGCGGGAAUUGUGUUCGCCUACCAGUCCACCCAGCGCUUCUAUGUUGUCAUGUGGAAACAGGUGUCUCAGGCUUACUGGGAGAAAAGGCCAUCCAAAGCUUUUGGCACAGCAGGAGUCUCCAUCAAACUGGUCAACUCCACCACAGGACCAGGGGAGUAUCUACGAAACGCCCUCUGGCACACCGGAAAUACCAGACACCAGGUCAGAACUUUGUGGCAUGACCCCAAUAAAAUUGGCUGGAAGGACUUCACCGCCUACCGCAUGCACCUUAUCCACAGACCCAAAACUGGGUUUAUCAGGGUGGUGGUGUAUGAGGGCAGGGAUAUUUUGUCCGACUCAGGGGCGGUGUAUGACCACACCCUGGCUGGAGGCAGACUGGGACUGUUUGUCUUCUCUCAGGAACACGUCCUCUUCUCAGACCUCAGAUAUGAGUGCAGAGAUAACUGAAAUUUGCCGGCACAUUCAGGAAGCUCUACAUCAACCCACCAGGGAUGC